AUGAAACUUCUUGUGGAGUAUGUUUCCAGUCGUGGAAGUGUGGAAUUCGAGUCGCUUCCAUCUGAAGAUCAGAAUCUAGUGAAUUUCAAUAGCAACAUCUUCAAAGUAAUCUCAACGAAGCCUGGCGAAAUGUUUGUCAAUCUUUUUGACCGAACUCUGGACGCAUCGGCUCUCAAAGAUGGAAACUGCCUUCGUUAUCCUGUGGAAGCCGAUCUUUGUUGGAUGUCGGAGUUUACCGAUUCCGUUAAACAGUGA